CCUUCGCAGUCUGGCUCCAUGGCUCCUCUGUCUCGCGUGGCCAUCUUCACUGCUCCGGGAAUCCGGAGGCGAGUCCUCUUUUCCUUCCGUCGAGGGCGACGGAACUGCCUGCGCUCACUCCUCGAAAGAACCUGCUGAAUUUUUAGCGGGAGAACUUAUUUUCUUGAGCUCCGCCAAAUCCUUAUCGGGACUGGCGAUCGUCACUCAAUCACCGGGAGUUGUCAGCCUGAAGAUCGCGACAUAUUUCGUUUCGCACUUCUCCCCACGCACGGCCUAUCUACAGACGGAUCGGCGAGCCCUCAAAGCUGCUUGCAUCUUCUUUCAUUAAACUCGGGAGGAGAUCGAGCCGACUGAGGAGGACCAGGACGAGCAGGAGGAGUGGGAAGGAGAACCACCACUAGCUUGGGUAGGCCUGAUUCGUCUCAUGAUGAAUGGUUGUGGCGCAAGCAACAGUUGACACCGCAACAAUCGGGCGACCGGCAACAGCUGGAUCAACCUUUUGGGGUUAUAUAGCCACUGAUUGGAAUUAUUUGAGAGUGAUAAUCCUUCAGAAUGACAAUGGGGAUUCUCCGCGGCGGUGGGGUGGGGGUACCUGGAGGCAGUUCUCCACCCACAUCCUCAAGUGUGUCGAAUUCAAUGUCAAGUGAAACGAGUCAAGUACCCAUCUGCUGUGUCGGUUGUGGGGAGUCUAUCAAGGAUAAAUUUGUCACCACGGUUCUAGCCAAGCCUUGGCACGCUACCUGUGUCCAAUGUGCCGAGUGCGGAGUGCAACUGGAAGAGAAAUGUUUUGCACGAGACGGCAAGAUAUUUUGCCACAAUGAUUUUUAUCAACGAUAUGGACCCCGAUGCAGUGGAUGCCAAAACGUGAUUCAUCCCAACGACAUGGUGAGAAAAGCCAAAGAGCGAAUAUUCCAUCUCACCUGUUUCACCUGCGUCAUGUGUAAGCGUCAGCUCAACACGGGAGAUAAGUUGUUUGUCAUGAUGGAUGGCGCGUUUGUCUGCAAAGAUGAUUACGUCGCUCAUGUUCUCAAUAAUCAAAGCAACAAUGUCUACUUUUACGAUUGCGACGAGGACGAGGACGAUUACGCGGAAGAGAAUGACAGAUUCACCCGUCCACAACUCAAUCUAUCAAUGGCAGGAACAUCUUCGCCCAAUGAGUCGUCGUUGCUCAACGCCACACAUACCCAACAACGACAACAACCACCAACAUCAUCAUCAUCAUCAUCGUGCUCACAUUCGAUCAUCUCGUCGUCCCUGGAAUUGAUCUCUCCGUCAUCGUCAUCGAACUCGGCCCACGAGUUCCCCAGCCUCCCUCAGCCACAAUUUCCCCCUGACCAGGAAACCCCUGAAUUGGUUGCUCAUGUCAAUCCGAGAGCGCACGUUAAAGGUGCAAAGGAUGAACAAGAAGAGGGUGAAAAGAAAAGCCAACUUUGUGGUGAUCCCAUCGAUUCUCUCGAAAUGGACGACGGAAAUGGAGUUAACAAGCGAAGAGGGCCCAGAACGACGAUCAAGGCCAAACAGUUGGAGGUCUUGAAGGCCACUUUUUCACAAACGCCGAAACCUAGCCGUCAUAUACGAGAGCAACUCGCAAAGGAGACGGAAUUGCCUAUGAGAGUCAUCCAGGUUUGGUUUCAGAACAAACGCAGUAAAGAGAGACGCAUGAAGCAAACACCCACGACGCGGGGCAAGUUCCUCUUCGGGACCAAGGGGCAGAAAUGGCGUGGAUUCGAUAAGGACAAUCGAUUCCACUUUCACGAGGGUCGACCCUCAACCACUGAAUUGGGACUCUAUGGUUUGUCACCAUGCUCUUCGAACUCCCCCACUUCGUUAUCAAACUCGUCUCACCUCAUGGGUGCACCUCUUGGACAUGACCCACCAUUUCAACAACCCCUGGAUGGAUCGCCAUUGCCAGGCCCAUCUCCACUGCAACAAAACCAUCAAAGCCCCUGUGAUAAUUUCUUCGGGCAUCGUCCCCCCCGACUUGGCUCUGAAGUUGCCUACAUGGACGAGCCUGAUCAUCCUGGGCGAGAUCUCAACGCAAACCUGACUCUCAUGUCAUUAUCAUCCUGUAGCUCAUCGGCCUUCCUUGAACGAGAUGACAUGCAAGAUGCUCCGGGCGAGUCAUGGUAACCGCUAACGAACCGCAAACAGAUCUACAACUCAUCAUCAAGAGCGUUCUUCGCACAUUUACAACAAAACGACUUGCACACUACUGGUGGUUGUCGACGUCGUCGUUGUUGAUGUUGAUGAUGAUGAUGAUGAAAAUGAUGAUGACGUUGGCUCAUGGCGAUUGGGAUCCGUACAUUUUGUUUUCCCCCUGGGGUAAAGUGAAUGAGAUUGGAGACUUUCGAGAUUUCGAUUCAAUCGUUUGUUCGUAACUUGCUUGUGUCCUUUUUGGAAAUAAAUUGCCUCAUAAAUGUCCAA